AUGGGUGUACGCAACCGCGACUCUGUUGCCGGCGCAGGAAGGCGCGAUGGCGGCGGGAGCAGAGGAGGAGGAGGUGGCUCCAGUUUUAUGGGAUGUUGUUCGUCAGAUGUCAUUUUAAAAUAAGCAGAAGAUCACUUUGCUACUUUGGUUCAGAAGUAGCUCAUCUGAAACGACUCUGAUACUCUUGAAUCGGUACUGUGUUUGCUUCCUAUGAAUGGUAUAACUCUCCUUCUGAACAAGUAGAAUCCCUUUUUCCAUUUUUACCUCGAAACCUUCUAACCCCAUUGCUUCCGACAAGAAGUACUCCCUGACCGCGUUUGUUUCGAGUCAUGGCAGGAGUAGCGCCUCCACAGUAUAUGGGGAAACGGUCCGGAUAUGCCAAAAUCAGUACACCUUCUACUGCUUCGUGGGCUUUGUAAUUGGGUUGGUAAUCUCCCUCCAGACGCCAGGGAGUGGACCGGCCGCGACACGAGCAGACUUCCUAAGCUUCUUUUUUUAAGGCUUCAAUCAGAGUACAUCGAUCUACCAGGACUCACUGCUUUCUAGUGGUUCUUCUGUUUAUGCCAAGAUGCGACACGGGUAGGAUAUUUGGUCCCAUCAUCUAGAGCAAAAAACGUUCACACGAGCAACAAGCAUUUAAGUAAGGCGUUUGAUAUGUCCUUGUACUCGUACACUUUUGACGUUUUUCUUCUAAUUCUUCCUUGUUUUCGGGAUCUACGCCUUUCUACUUGCGACGGAACAGGCUGGCAAACUCGGGCUCGACGUCAUAGUGCUCACGAGCGUUUUGAUUGUGUCCUUAACAAAGUGCAGUGAAGCGAUAUGGUACCCAACGACACACUGUUAAGGCCCAUGCUAAUUCAUCUUCGCAUAGACUUCUUCUCAGUUUCUCCUUUCCUUGGUUUCUGUCUGAGGAUAUCUAUGACCUCAAAAGAUGAAUUUUUGCCUGCGCUAAAAGUGGGAAGUGACGUGGGUCAGACCAAUACUUUUUACGAUACCAGUCGUGGGAAUAUCCGUACAGAGUUUCGGUGCGUGUAUGGCACUGGCCUUCUGUGUGUGCCACGAAGUAGCAGUUACGGAGUUCAGUUCGCACAAGGUCUUUAGAUCAAUUUUUUCGCCGAUUCUGUUGUUUGAUCGAUUCCAUCAUGAAUGGCCUCUGCUUCGCAUAAGCAUCGAAUAAGAGGCGAGAGUAGUCAUACCAUACCUGCUCAAAUUAUACCCCAUGAUUGGGUACACUACUACUACUGCUACUGAUGGUCUUUUACACCCCAUAAAUGGAUAGUACACUACUGAAAGUACUGAUAACUACGAUUGCAUAAUUGACAUAAGGUGCGAUGCGAUCCGGGUAUGUUGUUGAUUGCAGCAACGAUAGGCGGCCUCCUCGGAGCGAAGCUUCACUAUGUCUACGCACACCAAGACAGUGACGAUCAGAAUGCCUGGUGGGCGCCUGGCCUCAUAUGGCAAGGGGGAGCGGCAGGAGGCACGCUCAUAGUCACAGCAUUUGUCAAGGUAAUAUUCACAAUUUUAUGGUAAUUGAGAUCUUGUUUUUUGGGUUUCCUCCUCAUCCCUCACGUUUUUACACUGAAGUGCCGAGUACACCAUCAAGGCACACAGUAGCACUAGCAGCCGCUGUAAACCCUCGUGAUUUAGCUCACUAACUUGCCUACAUUGAAAUUGAUCUCUCAACUGAAAUCAGAUAUACACAUCCGAGCAGCUAAGUAGAGUUCUCGACGUUAGUGCGCCUCUUUUACCACUGGGGCAUGCUCUAUUAAGGGUUCCCACCUUACAUCCUCCACUACCAUCCGUGGCUCCUUUUCCAGUAAAAGAGAAGUCAGGGAUGUUCUGAAGAGUGUAAUAUUGCAACCUUUAACUCUGGGAAAAAUCGGAUGCUUUUUGAGUGGGGACGGCUGCUACGGGCCUCGGUCCCAUUGGUUCAUGGCCAUGAGCUUCCCGAAUGGCCGGCUGCCAACAAAACUACCUGUACAUCCGACGCCACUUUAUUUAAGAUUGGCAGAUGAUUUUUAUAUCAUAAGACCACUUGCUCUCGAACAGAGGACGCAACGUCGUAAGCACUUUUUUAUUUUUUGGUUGCAUUUUCCAUUUCCUUGGGUCAAUGAAUCGAUAUCUUUGCGUCAUCAAAGUCUACUAAAAUCUCUUAUUUUUCUAAAUCACCAAGAAGUUUUUUACAACAAUCUAUGUAAAAGAACCUAUUUCAGUGUGUCGUCGUCUAAUUCCCGAGCUGACACUUUCGGCACUAGUUUUUCUGUAUCUGUGGAAGCGACGGCAUAUCGCUUUGGCAUUCCGCAGCGAUCAAACGAGUCUGAUGUUCAUCUUGCACGCCACAACACGCUUUAUAUCGGAAAUCUGGCGCGACCACGACCACGACGGAGAGGGAGAGUCGUUGUGGCCAUUGAACCACCAGCAGCGGCUCUGCCUUCUAGUGUUUGGUCUCUUUAAGGCUUUUUACCCUAAUUCAUUUUUAUCUUCAGACGCAUCGUCCUGUAUGAUCGUUGAUCUCGUGCUUUCUCCCUUAAAAACUUCCACACAUGAAAAAAUAAGACUAAUAGACCACUCUCCUUUAGAAGAUGUGAAACAAGAAUCUCUUGGGCAGCACAACCGGAGUCCUCCGCCUCUAAUCUGUCAACAGUAGCGCGUUUGUCCGUUCGGAUCACAGAUGGUCUGCGUGGGACAGGAGGCCGCGACAUAUCAAACGUUUUGCUCUUAGACGACUUUAGUGGAAGUUCAAAUUCCAAACUAGCUGAGGUGAAAGCAACGGCGACGCCACAUACUGGAAAUGCGCAUACGGGAAACUCCAAUGUAUCAACUAAAACCUCCAAGAGGAGAUGAACACUUUUUUCCCUCAUAACUCCUAGGCAUGUCCCUGCAUUCAAUAUAGAACUAGCUUUAGGGAUUCAUGUAGAUUCCAUAGGGCUCCAUUUGUGUAGUUGUUGCUGUAGCCACAUAAUGACUUGCUCUACCUCCGAUUUCGACAAUCACAAUUACGCCGAUAGGAAUCCAUAAGCACAUUUGAUUUCAUUUUUUUCUACUACUCUUACAAAACAAGACUUCUCAACACGAGAUGACUUCUAAUUAGACUAUACCAGAAGAAGAACUCUUCAUUGUGCGCUCACAUUCACAUCAUUUUUCUGCUUCACAGUUUCUCCAUGGGGAAAAUACUCCUAUUUGUGGCGCAUUCGAGCACUCUACGGUGCGUUGAUAUUCCAUUCUGACUAGCAAACACCGGGUGGAAAGAGAGGUGUCUGAGGAUCACCAUGUUUUUACUUAGUGAUACAGGAUGCACUCAGACAGUCCCGGUCAACAUCGUAUUAUUUUGCAUUAAAAGUUCCAAGCAAUCUUCAGGGGUCACCCGCC